GGUAGAUAAUGAAGCAGUUCUCCAGCAGAGAACUAGAUAAUGCUGAUUAGCCAAAACUUCACUAAAAAAGGAAAACGCUGUCUUUAUUUACUCACCCUCUCCCCAACCGCAUUUAAAUGUGCACAUAUUGGUUAAUAACUAACCAAAAUGUUGUUUUGCUUGUGUUAAAAUGGACACGUAACUGGAAAGAGACACAUUUAGCCACAAGAGACGUGGGCCUACUGGAUGAAAAGCUCUUACUGACAGCUUCCUCCAAUAUCUGAUUGAAAAAAUGUUUUGCGCAUUUGUUUUCUUCUGUUUAUGGCGUCCGGUUGGUAAGUUAAACGUGUUUUUAUGACUUUAUCUUCAUUAUACUCAGCAUUUAUAUGAACUUAUCAAGGUAGUUCACGCAAAAAUGAAAUUCUGUCAUCGUUUUCUCACCAUCUUCUUAAUCCAAAACUGUAUGGCUUUCUUUUUUCUGUGGAACUCAAAAGAAGAUAUUUUGAAAAUUGAAAGGGUUGUUUUGAACGUAACUGACUUGAAUUUUAUCUACAAAACAGUUAAAACAUUCUUCAAAACAUCUUUUGUGUUCUGCAGCAGAUUUUUUUGUUUUUUUUUAAACGACAUAAGGGUGAUUAGUAUGACAGGAUUGUCAUUUCUGAAUGAACUACCCCUUCCCCACUGGUGUUAAGGAUGUUGUAACGUUCCCAGUACGUUCCGAUGUGGAGUUCAUUUAAUGUUUGGGGGACGUUAUUUGGCGGACCUUCACAGAACAUCCAGGACAUUCUCUUAACGUUCAGGGAACCAUAUUUUAUUUGGAAAUGUGAUGUUCCCAGAACAUUCUCAAAAAUCGAAAAUUAGAGCUACAUUAGUUGACUAACAAAAGCAGCUAUUCAAACAAAAACUGUAAAAUCAAAAUAAAAAAUUCCAAAAAAGCACUUUAGAGGUAUUUAUUCAAUUAUUAUUAAGAAACUUUUUCUGUAAAAUGUAAAUCUCUUGCAGUAAGUCAUUAGCUGACAACAGCACAUGCAUGAGCUAAUAUAACUGCUGUAUUACUGCAUCAGCAACAACACAGUUACUGUCUUUAAAUAAAGCAAUAUGCAGCAGAUCAUCAGUGUUUUAUGGAUCAUCACUGACUGAAGCACAGGCUCUGCUCUUCAGCACAAUGCUAACCUCACAAAACUCAGAUAACAGAAACAACAUUAAACACUAACAUCUCUCUAGAUUUUUCACUGCAUUUUCACUUAUUAAAAAACAGUCUCUGACUUUAUUUCUUUCAUACAAAACUUCGUAAUGAGGUGUUGAUGUUUGAAGUCACCAUUAUGGAGAUACAGAUGGAGUGAAGAUAGUGUCAGUGAUGGAGGGAGAUUCUGUCACUCUACACACUAAUGCUAGUGAUAUACCACCACGUUAUAUGCGAUAUAUAAUGUGGAGGUUUGCACCUGAAGAUACUCGUAUAGUUAGAGACAUUCGGCUUGAUGAGAACACGGGUGAAAUGAUGUAUCUUGAGGAUGACAUGUUCAGAGACAGACUACAGCUCGACAAUCAGACUGGAUCUUUGACCAUCAGGAACAUCAGAACCACAGACUCUGGACUUUAUCACAUGUUUGGUCUAUUCUUAAGAGAAUCACUCAAUGUUACUGUCUAUGCUCGCCUUCCCAUUCCUGUCAUCACCAGAGAUUCUUCAUCUUCUUCAUCAUCAUCAGGAUCAUUAUCAGUGUUCAAAUGUGUCCUUCUGUGUUCAGUGUUCAAAGUGAGUCACAUGACUCUCUCCUGGUACAAAGGUAACAGUUUAUUGUCCAGCAUCAGUGUGUCUGAUCUCAUCAGCAGCGUCUCUCUACACCUGGAGGUGGAAAAUCAGGAUAACAACACUUAUAGUUGUGUGCUGAACAAUCCCAUCAGCAACCAGACUCAACGUCUCAAUGUCAGUGAACUCUGUCAGACAUAUGCAGGUACAUCAUAGAGGAUGUUUGUUUUCCAGUUGAGAUGCUGUUGGUGAGUUUGUCAUAAUGCAAGUGCAGGUUCUCGAUUGGUCAUCUCUGCUGUAGUGGGUGUGGCUACUGUUUCCAUAGUGAUUUAUAACAUAAGGACCAGAGGAGCUGAACAGAAGCAAAAACACACAAGAAUAUGGAUUUCAAUCAAUUUUUCAUUCUUUUCUUUAUGUUCUUCUUAAAAUCUAAACAAAAUGCACUAGAUAUUUCAGUGUGAAAAUGCUUAUGCUAUGUGAAACUUCUUUAUUCCACCAGACUAAUGUGAUUAAGUUCUGCUUUCAUAGUAUUUUUUCCAAUUAAAAUGAUGAAAUAUAGUGCAUAUAGACUAGAGUUUCAGUUCUCUGUGAUACUAUAUGAACGCCCAGUUUCAGACAAUUGAACAACAUGAAAUAUAUUACAGGGUUAGUUCACCCAAAAAAUGCAGUUUCUGUCAUUAAUUACUCACCCUCAUGUCGUCCCAAACCCGCAAGACCUUCCCUCAUCUUUGGAACACAAGUUAAGAUGUUUUUGAU